AUGGCGACGUGCGCGGCGUCGAUCGCGUCGCGGACGCCGCGCGCGACGCGAUCGCGAGGGGUGGGGACGGCGCGGGCGAACGCGCGGGCGUCGUGGACCACGGCGCGGGCGAUCGCGGACGUGGACGAGGGGUCGUUCGACGCCGAAGUCUUGAGGGCGGACGCGCCCGUGCUCGUGGAUUUCUGGGCGUCGUGGUGCGGGCCGUGCAAGCUGAUCGGUAAGAUUGUCGAAAAGGCGGAUAAGGAGUACGACGGUGCGAUUAAGGUGGUCAAGGUGGAGUGCGAUGGGAAUCCGGCGUUGGUGGAGAAGUACUCCGUGUACGGAUUGCCGACGCUCAUCAUGUUCAAGGAUGGGGUCGAGGUGAAGGGGUCGAAGAACGAGGGCGCGAUCUCGUACGAUAAGCUUAAGACGUGGGUGCACACGCACAGCGGUGUGGCGAUUCCGUGA